GUUUGCUUUUUUAUACUUCCUCACCUUUCAUUACAAAACCCAAUACAUACAUACAUACAUACAUAUAUAUAUAUAUAUAUAUUAGUAACCCAAUCCUCAGAAGAUAAGCUUAUUUUGCAUUUAUAAUGAUGAAAAGAGGCAGAGAAAGUGAAGAAAUGGAGAGUAUAGACAUGGCAAAACUUUUGAUACUCAUGUCUCAGAGACUACACUACAAGCCCAAGAUAGAUCAAAAGCUCAGCGACGUUAAUGAGUUUGCAUGCAAAACAUGCAACCGCAAGUUCUCAUCGUUUCAAGCGCUAGGAGGCCACAGGGCAAGCCAUAAGCGACCCAAGAUAUCGAUGGGAGACAAACCGAUCUCCGACCAAGCCGAGUCUCUAAGCUUAGGACUUGCCACAACUUCUACAAGCCACGUCAAGCGCAAGAUCCAUGAAUGCUCCAUUUGCGGCCAAGAGUUUUCCUUGGGACAAGCUCUGGGAGGUCAUAUGAGGCGACACAGAGCGGCCAUCAAUGGCGAUACUUCAGCCGUUUCGGUGUUUCCUGUUUUGACGGGCGGGCCGGCAGUGUUGAAGAGGUCUAAUAGCAGCAAGAGGGUUCAUGUUUGGUUGGACUUGAACUUGACACCAUUGGAGAAUGACUUGGAGUUCAUAUUUGGGAAAAAUAUGGCUCCCAAAGUUGAUCAUAGGUUGAUCAUUUAAUCAUAUAAUGAUUCAUCUUUUCUCUUUUUCUUUUUGGAAUUCUUUCAUUUGUUUUGUGUACAAGAAUUAAUUAGUUAUAUAUAU